ACCGUUUUGUUUGUUUUUAAGCUCUCUAUGAAAAAGCAGAUAUUAAGGUGCCUGAAGACAAGAAGAAACACCUCCUUAUUGGUGUCUCCUCUGACCGAGGCCUUUGUGGUGCUAUUCAUUCCUCAGUUGCUAAACAGAUCAAAAGUGAGGUGGCCUCACUCACCGCAGCCGGCAAAGAAGUGAUGCUUGUUGGUAUUGGUGAUAAAAUCAGAGGCAUACUUUAUAGGACUCACUCUGACCAGUUUCUGGUGACAUUCAAAGAAGUGGGAAGGAAGCCCCCGACUUUUGGAGAUGCAUCUGUUAUUGCCCUCGAAUUACUAAAUUCUGGAUAUGAAUUUGAUGAAGGAUCUAUCAUUUUUAAUCGAUUCAGGUCUGUCAUCUCCUACAAGACAGAUGAGAAGCCCAUAUUUUCCCUUAAUACCAUUGCAAGUGCAGAGAGCAUGAGUAUCUAUGAUGAUAUUGAUGCUGAUGUGCUGCAAAAUUACCAGGAAUACAAUCUGGCAAACAUCAUCUACUACUCGUUAAAGGAGUCCACCACUAGUGAGCAGAGUGCAAGAAUGACAGCUAUGGACAACGCCAGCAAGAACGCUUCUGAGAUGAUUGACAAGCUGACUUUGACUUUCAACCGUACCCGCCAAGCUGUCAUCACAAAAGAGUUGAUUGAAAUCAUCUCUGGUGCUGCCGCUCUGGAGUAAUGAAAAUCAAGUAUCAUCCUCAGACAAGAGG